UGAUGGCAACUUCCACUGACACAUUCUUCCCGUUAUCAUCCUGAAAUAUUUCAACAAAGUGGAUGAUGAGGCACAGACGUUCCACAGGAACGGUGUACAGAUGUAUGAUUAUGUCACUCCUGCUCCUCCACCUAACACCUCCACUCCAAACUAAGUUUGCUCUGCUGCUUUGGUUCACUGAUCUAAAAAGAAAGUGCCCAGCCCAGCAGGAUGAAGAUGGGCCAUACGUCAAGAAGCCGCCAAAUGCCUUCAUGCUCUAUCUCAAAGAGCAGAGGCCAAAGGUCAUUGCUGAACUCAACAUCCCUGGAAGUGCAGCCGUAAAUGCAGUGGUGGGACAGAGAUGGAAGUCGCUUUCAAACGACCAGAAAGCCAGAUAUUUCAAGCAGGCUGAAACAGAAAGACAGAAUCAUGCCAAAGAGCAUCCAGCCUGGUCGACCAAAGAAAACUAUCCCUUCAGUUCCAGACAGAGGAAGCCUUUGUCGCAGACAGUGAGGAAGAACUGCUGUCAGUGCUGGAAGAGCUUGACCCCCUCCCCAUCACUGCGCAGUCUCAGCAGCCCUCACCCACCCCUGCCUCUCCUGUAGAUGCCUCUCAAACUGCAUCAGUUCAACCCUGAG